AUGAUUUUAUUUGGGAGUAAUUUUGAAACUUCAACUCAACAAGAUAAUCUGAAAUUCUCCCAAAAGGUAACUCUGACCGACAAAAACCAUCAAGAAAUUUCCAGAACAGCCCCACAAAAACUGACAUCCCCAUCGUCACUAUCACCAUCAUCGACAUCGCCAUCGUCGCUACUACACCCACCACAAACGCCAUCAUCAUCAUCGGCGUCGUCCGGUAAAGUUGCGGCCAAAAGAGUUGCAAUAGUGGAGGAUUUUUUUGACAUCAUAUACAAUGUCCAUGUUGAAAUGGACGGACGAGGUGGGAAGCACGCUGGCCAGAAACGGACUUAUAGAGCGAUAGCAGAAACUUACGCCUUCUUACCGCGUGAAGCCGUGACGAAGUUCCUCAUGUCGUGUGCCGACUGUCAGAAGCGUAUGCACAUAAGAAUUGAUUCAAUAAGCGACAAUAUCGAACUCGGUAACUUCAAUAACAUCGCCGGCAACAACAACAACAACAACAAUAAUAAUAAUAAUAAUGAUACUAUUACUAAUAAUAAUUAUACUAAUAACAAUAAUAAUGAUAACAACGUUGGUAAUAACAAUAAUAAUAAUAGUAAAAGUAACGGUAAUAAUUUUUACAACAGCAGAAGUAACAAACUUCGAAAAUUACUCUUUCUUAGCAACAGCAAAAACAACAACAGCGAUAAUAAUUAUAACAUUAACGACAACAACAACAACAACAACACCACCAACAACAACAAUAAUAAUGAUGGCAAUAAAAACAGAUUUAAUUUCGUUGAGGAACAUUUAAAAGAAUUAAACAACAAGAUGAUCGUACCGUGCGACUGUAGUAGUUGUGAGAGUUACCUACAGCCAAAUGACAUCAACUGCUUUCACCGUAAUAGUGACAUCAACGAUAAAAAACGCGAUAAAUAUUUAUGUAAUUACACCAAAACCAGCAACAUCAACAACAACCUCGUUAUAUAUAACGGUAAUAAUAAUAUUAGCAUGCAUAUCAGUAAGAUCAACAAUGGGAAUGAUCCCACCACCAACAACAACAACAAAAAUAACAUUAAUAACAACAAAAUCAAUAAUGACAUUAACAACAAUAAAAACAUCACUGUUGACAUUGAUGACAUCAACGAUACGAUUCCCAACAGCAACAAUUACAUUUAUGACAUGAAUAAUAUCAACCGGUGCAUUGACAAUUAUAUCUUCAACAUUAACACGUGUUAUCGGUCGUCAAACAGCAACAGCAGCAUCAUCAUCAACAACAACAUCAACAACAACAACAACAUCAACAACAACAACAACGAUGAAAUAUCGCCAGUGACGUCACGGCGAAAAAAAUCUCGCGCGAAAAGAUCAGUCGAAUGUUCGCCAUCCUCUUCAUCAUCAUCAUCCUUAUCAUCGGACGUAAGAGAGACCGACAAACGCCAGCCGAUAUUCGCUGCUCCGACAAAUGGAAUGACCAACAACAAUAUCAACAACAACACUAACAUUAUUUACAAUAACCAUAGCAAUGGUAUUAACAACAACAUUAAUAACAACAAUAACGAUAAUAUAAACAAUAACAAUAAUAAUCUACAAGUCAUAAACAACAACAUUGACAACAUCGACAACCACAACAACAACCACAACAACAACAACAACUUCAACAGCAUCAACAACAACAACUACAAUAACAACAACAGCAACGUCAAUAACAAUAAAACUAAAACAGUAAUAUACAAAAGAGAAUAUGACAAAACAAACAGCCAUAAUAUUAUUAUCGAUAAUGCUGUUAAUCAUUACAAUGAUAAUAAUAAUGACAACAACAGUAACAACAACAACAAUAAUAAUAAUAACAAUAACAACAACAACAAUAAUAACAUUAAUGCCAUCCACUGCUAUGGCAGCCAUUGGAAAUUGGAUUAUAUAAAUAAUUUAAACUCUAUAAAAGCUAGCAAUGACUUAAUUUUUACAACGUCAAAGUUCCUCUUUGCAAAGUCAAUAUAUUCCUAUAUAUACAGCAAGGAGCACUGA